AUAGGUAGACAAAGAUCUAGUAUCAAGACGAAAUGUGACAAUGGGAAGACGGUGGUAAGAGACGCGUUGAUUUAGGCCGUAGUAGUAGAAGGUCACUCGAGAUAAGAGACACAAGUCAUCAGUGUCUUGAUAACAGAACGUCUCUCAAUGUCUUACACCAGGGAAGGCGUCACCCUAAUUAGGGUGGGCAGCAGAAACAGCAAGGUCGUUCAAACCCGACAAUCUUCCGAGAUAAAAGCUGCCGCAGAAACAUCCUCGCCCCAGACGACAAGUAUCUCAGCCAGCUCCCAGGAAACGGUGGCAGCACAAGAUCGAUCAGUCGUUGACGCCAAGGUUCUCGUGUAUGACGCCACGGAUACUGAAUUCGAUAAAAUGGCAGGCAUUGGUGAUUUAGUUUUGGCUGGACCAGCUCCCCAAUUUGAAGCCCAGGCUGUGGUGAACGGUGAAUUCAAGACAAUUAAGCUCUCAGACUAUAAAGGCAAAUAUGUGGUGCUCUUCUUCUAUCCACUUGACUUCACUUUUGUCUGCCCCACUGAGAUCAUUGCCUUCAGUGAACAUGCUAAAGAAUUCCGUGAUAUUAACUGUGAGGUUUUGGCCUGCUCCACAGACAGUGUUUUCUCACAUUUAGCCUGGGUAAACACACCACGCAAACAGGGAGGUCUUGGUCAAAUGAACAUCCCACUUCUUGCUGACAAAAAUGCAGAGAUCUCCAAAAAGUAUGGAUGCCUGAAGCCUGGUGAUGGCAUUGCCUUCAGAGGUCUCUACAUUAUUGAUGACAAACAAAAUCUGAGACAAAUAACAAUCAAUGAUUUGCCUGUUGGAAGAUCUGUGGAGGAAACUCUUCGCCUUGUACAGGCUUUCCAGUUCACUGACAAGCAUGGUGAAGUUUGCCCUGCUGGCUGGAGGCCUGGAAAAGAUACAAUUAAACCAGAUCCUAAAGGCAUCCAAGAGUACCUUAGCAAGGAAAACUAAAUGUAGACUUAAGAAUUGUUUUUCUGGUUGUGCUAAAAUAUAACCUUAACUAUGCCAUUAACAUUAGGAUUUGAGUACAACCACUUGUAUGUAUAGCUUUCAACUCUUUGAUAUUCACAGACUUGGAAAGUACAUUGAACUAUAAACAGGUCAUUACCAAUAUUUUAAGUUUUGAAAUUGUAUUUUAAGUGAAUAAGGUGAUCUGUCUAGAAUUAAGAACAUUUAAAUUAGACUUGACCAGACUUUGUCUAUUGCAUUCUGUUAAUUGUUCCUUGUAUUCUUUUGUUACAAAUUGUAUUUUUGUCAAUAAAAGUCAUGACCAGAGUGA